AUGCGAAGAGAGGAGCAACAGGGGUCUCCAUUACUUGACGACACUUGUCCAAGAUAUCAUGUACAGGACCCAACAGGCUCAUAUGACCUGACAAAGUAUUGGACCUACAAGGGCUCCUUCACGACUCCCCCCUGCUACGAAACCGUCACAUGGAUCGUCUUCCACAACAGCAUAUCCAUAACAAGUGAAGAUCUCGCAAGAUUCCGAACUUUGAAAUCGUACGAGGAGACAGAGCAGCGACCGAACGACGAAUUUGACGGCAACAUCGCCAGAAACUGUCGCCUGGUACAGCCGAUGGGCACUCGACGCGUCUACACAGCAGAGAAUAUCCACAACCAGUACUUGGCUUGCUUCGAUGAUCCUUUUCGCCUCUAUCGCGUCGCCCCAACAGCAGCCACAGCAGCCACCACAAGCGGCAGCCAGUCAGUCAACGUCAACGCUUCGACGGCGCAACGUGUCGCGACAUUUCCGGACAGCGUCAGGAAGUACGGGAGAGCUUAACACAGUGGCCGCGGCGGAUGGUCUCAAUGUGGAGGAUAGGCAGGAGUAUCGGAGGGAUAACGAGCUGGUGGAGUGUUGUUGUGUAGUUUCGUAGAGGUCUGUUUGUUGUUGUUGUUGUUGCUGCUGCUGUUGUUGUUGUUGCUGUUGCUGCUGUUGUUGUUGUUGUUGUAUUUUUCCAUGUGAGGUUUGCUGUGUUGAUUUAUGACCAGAUAGCUCGAGAAAUUUAAGAGAUUUUGGGGAAAGUUGAAAUCCAUAGAAACAUUGAGAAAAUCGUCUAAUAGAGAGUGUUGCCAUGAAUAUCGCUGGUUUUCUAAUAGCUGUGUGGAGACACACCAAAGAUUAUUAAUAUAACGGGGAUUAUUACUGAAAACAUACAUAAGUACUAUUACUUUCAUCCAUAAUAGAAACAGACGCAUACACAUGUGAAUGUACACACGUACACAUGUGAAUGUACAACUACACUUACACGUGUGAAUGUACAGCUACACGCAUACACAUGUGAAUGUACAACCGCACGUACAAAUGUGAAUGUACAACUACACGUACACAUGUGAAUGUACAACUACACGUACACAUGUGAAUGUACAGCUACGCAUACACAUUCACUUUUGCUAUGAAAGGAUUUUAGAUACUAGAGAUGUCGCAUGGCAUACGUUGUAGGAAUCUCUCCAUCUUUCACUUCAAUCACUCUCUAUAAAAAUUUUUAUUAAUUAAUUUUUUAAUAAUUAAUUUCUAUUAAUUAAUUUUCUUAAUUAAUUCAUCCAUUUAAAUAUUCGUCUCUUCUUGUAUGGUUUGUUAUUGGUUCAUUUUUUAUCGGUAUUUGUGGACUUUUUUAAAAAAUAUUUAUAGAUGAUGUCAUAGAUUGAUUAAUAUAUAUAUAUAUAUAUAUAUAUAUAUAUAUAUAUAUAUAUAUAUAUAUAUAUAUAUAUAUAUAUAUAUAUAUAUAUGGUAUCUUUCUAUUUUAAUUUAAGUUGCUUGUUUUACAAAUGUUUUCAAAUCCGUCACAAUUUUUCCAAUUCAUUUCGUCAUCUCUCUCUUUACAAACACGCAUCCAACACGUAGAAUUUUGUUUAACUGUUUUACAGUUAAUUAUAUUAAUUAAUUUUAUAAUUAAUUAUAUUAUUCAAUAUUACAAUCAAUUAUAUUAUAUUAUAUUAAAAUAUGUACGGCACAGUUCUAAAUCGAUACUUAUUCUUCAAGUGAUUUAUUUAUAUGAAAUCACGCCAAACAAGCAGUAACACAAGUAUGUAUGUAUCCAGGUUUAAGUAAAAUUACACACGCACACACACACAUACAUACACACACUCAUGCGCACACACAUGCAUACACGCACAUACACACGCACAAAAAUAUAAAAAUUUCGACAUGCCAAACAGCUAAACAGUUUUUAGAUUUAAUUUCUUUGUUUUUGCAUCACUAGCAGAAAGAUAUAGAAACAAAAAAUGAUGAGAGAUAUGAAUAGAAAAGAGGAUACGGAGGAGAAAGGAGCGAGUAAUAAAGAAAGAGAGAAAGAAAAAGAGAGUGUAUGAAAAUUAACAAGCAGUAAAAAAAUUAUGAAACAUUAAAGAAUUUUGUAGGAAAGAAAGCAAAAGAAGAUUUAACCCAAUGUAAACCGACGUUCAAGCUCACCGAAUCGACAUAUCUUAUUAUGAUAAUUAAUAAAUUAAUUAUAGAGAUAUAAUUAUAUAUAUCUAUAAUUAUAUAAAAAGAUAAUUAUAUAUAUAAUUUAAAAAAUUAUUACGUAGCAAAACAGGUUAUUUCAUUUAAAUAAUUAUUAUAAUAAUAUUAUAAUAAUUAUAAUACCAAACAACUAAUUUUUUUAAUGAAUUGCACACACAAACAUA